GUUCUGACGCCGCCUUGCUCCGCACAACUUUUCAGAAGCUGGGAAUUGACCUGCGUGGCUUUCCGGGGAGCCACUGUGGAUGGGACGCCGUGCAGUGCCACUCUGACCAGUGCAGGGUUAAGAGUCUCGAUCUCCGCGGUCGGAACUUGACAGGACGGCUGCCAGCCGAAAUCGGGAGCUUCGCAGAUUUGGAGAUAUUGCUGUUGAGCAAGAACCCGAACCUCACAGGCGAACUGUCCUUCUUUGCCAAGCUGGUGCACCUGAAGGUACUCGAUUCGAGCUCGAGCGGGAUUGGAGGGCAUCUGAGCUUCUUGAGCCGGAUGGAACAGAUGCAGGAACUCAAUCUCGGAGGCACCCAGAUCGAGGGCACUCUGCAGCCCCUCGCAAAUAUGACCCACAUGACCCGUCUGCGGCUCCAGAACACCCGGGUCGACGGGGAUCUCGUGCCCUUGACCGCCAUGCAGAAGAUGCAACUGCUCAGUCUCGGAGGCACCCAUAUCGAGGGCACGCUGGAGGGCCUGGCAAAGAUGAUUGUGAUGACCAAUCUGCAGCUCUACGACACACGCGUCGGCGGGGAUCUCGAGCCCCUGGCUGCCAUGCACAAGAUGCGAAUUCUCAGUCUCAAGAACACGCAGGUGGAGGGCCAGCUGCAGCCCCUGGCAAAGAUGACCCACAUGACCAUUCUGCGGCUCCAGAACACCCGCGUGCACGGAGAUCUCGUGCCCCUGUCUGCCAUUGAAAGGAUGCAGGUGCUCUAUCUCGCAAGCACGAAGAUCGAGGGCACCUUGCAGCCCCUGGCAAAUAUGACCCGCAUGGCCAAGCUGUGGCUCCAGAACACCAGGGUCGGCGGGGAGCUUCGGCUGCUGCAGGCAAUGCGGAAGCUGCAAGAGCUGCGGCUCCAGGGCACCCAGGUCUCAGGCUCCCUGGACGUCCUGAGAAAGUUCGCACAUCUGGAAGAGGCCGACCUCGCAUCGACUGCCGUGACCGGAGGUCUGACGCCGCACUGGCGUGGACACCUGCAGCACUUGCGACGCCUCAACCUCGCGGCAAGCGCUGCCCACUUCCUGCCCCGCGGCGACAACUUGUUGGACCUCCGCCGCCUUGUCACCGAUGCGCUGCUGCCCUCCUUGGCCGAGCUGGAUGUGUCCCGCUGCCCAAUGAAUGGCGAUGUGAUGGACCUCAUUUUGCCGCUGGCAGACUGCAAGUCGCUGGCCAAGGUUGUCGCUUCGCACGCAAACCUGACAGGUGACGUUCUGGACCUGACACGGUUGCCCGUGGAGAUGGAUGGUGAGAGCUACGUGGGAGCUGUGGUACCCUUGGAAGGUUCUCUGCAGGCCUUGGACCUGUCAGGAAACAGGAUCCGGCGUAUUGAGGCCCUCAAUGCGCACAGUGUGCUAUCCUUGGCUGGCAAUGCACGAGUAGACGUGCCACAUGGCAUGCUGCGCACAGCAAUGAGAAACGGCGUCCGGCUGGACCUGACAGAUGUUGCCCUUGUGGAUGCCAGCGAGGCCAAGGAGCUGAUUGCGAAAGGAUGGCUUAACACCACCGAGCGCCUCACCACGACAGAUGCUGCAAGAGGCUUCGCUUGCUACGGGCUGCCGAGUGCGAUCCUGCAAGUGACACCUUCCCGCUUCUUGCCGGACGUCCUGUGCGGCUGCCAGGCGGGCUGGCAUGGAACAAGCACCGACUGCCAAAGCUGCAGCGAGGACCACUACAACGUGGCGUUCAACCAGACCGAAUGUCAGAAGUGUCCUGCAGGCAGCAGCACGCGAGGUUCGGAGGGCUCGGACUCCUUGCAAAGCUGCCAGUGCGAAGUUGGAAGGAUCUACGGCGAAUCCUGCCAGUGUGAGCCCCAAAAGGCCCUCCACUCGGACCAGUGCAUGGACUGCAGCGAGCUGAAGCUGGACUGCGAGGACCCCGGAAGCCUGGCGACCACAGCACCGCCAACUCUUGGGCAUGCGCGCCUCUACCCUGGGGCGCCCACUGCCAAGAAGUGCUUAGAUCCUGCAAAGGAGCGCUGCAACGCGUCAGCGAAUGGUUCGCAGCUCGGGUGCGUGCCCGGUUACGAGGGGCCCCUUUGCAGCACAUGCGCCGACAGAUACCGCAGCCAAGGCCGGCGCUGCAAGAAGUGCGAGGAAGGCUACAAAGCGGCCCGGUGGCCCAUCGCGCUCGCUGCGGCAACUGUGGUGGCUGGAGGCUUCGCCUUUCUCGCGUGGUGGAGGAGCCGCACAGCAGAGUCUCCGGCACCACUGACUCCAGCGACUCCCACACCCUACGCUGCUCUCUUGCCACUGCUGUUGGCCCAGGGCCCCGUACUGCUGCAAUUUCUUCAGCUCUGGGGCGUGCUCGUGGCCCUGAGCAAGAAGAGCACGGGCGAGACCACCGCGCAGACCUGGGACCAGGAGUAUGUUCAGUGGCUGCAGCUGACAGCGGGCGGGCUCCGGGAUGCUUUGAGCUUGGAAUGCGAGUACGGAAGGAACGCCCGCCUGGCUUCUGCUCUUCUGGGACCGGUGCUGCCCUUGCUGGUUUUGGCAGCCUGCGCCAUCCUGGAAGCCUUGUGGCGAGGUCGAGGUGUAAGCAUGGCGCUGCAAGUGUUGUCCCUGGCCUUCAUUGGCGGAGCCUCGAGCUGCGCAGGACUUCUGCGGUGUCAGGAGCUCGAUGGAGGUGGAGAACCAUUGGGGGAGGCACAUGCCUUCCGCUCCUUGCUGCCGCACCUAAAAUGCUCGGAAGCACCCUGGGUGCCUGCAAUCGGCUGGGGAUGCGCCGUCGGCUACGGCAUUUGCGUCCCAGCGUGCAUGGUCGGCUUGAUGGCCAAGCAACAAUGGAGUCUUUCAGCAAGCCGACGCACUGCACACUUAUCAUCCGAGCAGGGGGAGACCACAAAACUCCGGAUGGUCCCACUGCAGGCUAGUUCCGAGGAUUCCAAGGAGAUGAGUUCUCGAGUGCAGUUGGCGGGAGCAGUUGCCUACUGUGCCGUUUUCUUCUGCGGCUCCGUGCUGAUGAAGUCGGCCGAUGGCUGCGUGGUUUUGCAGCCUGUGCAUGGGCGCGGCGCCAGCGACGAAGUGGAGUUUGAUGCCGACAACAUCCUAUCCAGGGCCCUUGACAACAAAGCAGAUGCAGACCUGCAGCGGUGGCAGGCAAUCACCAGGAUGCUGAAGGAGCGCUGCAUCAUCGAAGAAGCGGCGCCUUCCGACAGAGUUUUGGCUGGUGCAAAAGAGCUCUUCUUCAAAUACGCCAAUUGCCAGAGCAUCUGGGUCGAAGUUGCACUGAAACUGGUGGUGGUGGGCAUCGUCGCGGUCCCCGUGGCAGUGGCGACUUCUUUCCAACUCAUGUUCACCCUGAGCCUUACCUUGGGGACCAGCAUCGUUCUCGGCACACUCAAGCCGUACAGGCAACGCCAGGUCAACGACUUGCAGUGCUGUUGCUUCCUGUGUUUGUCGGCGGCCGCAGCGGGUUUCGCCUUCGAUUUACUUUGGCUCACCCGCGCGGCUUUGAUGGCACCUGUGGUCACGGCCGCUACUCAGACCCUGCGCCCAGAUUGCCGCGAGUCCCUGGCCCUGCGCCUCUUCGAGGCUGCCAAUGCGCAGUGGUUGGACCUGCAGCAAGGAGGCACUGUGCAGCUCAACGUGGAGACGUUGAGUUUCAUCUGA